UCACUCACUCACUCACUCACUCACUCUAUCCCCAAAUCUUCUCCGUCUUCUCCACCAAAUCCAAACCCUAACUUCUCAAUUCCCCCCAUGGCGAUAUCCACUCCAGCCGCCUGCUCCUCCUCCUCCAGACUCAUCUCCCCUCCUUCCCUCCGUCCCGCCAUCUCCACCUCCACCUCCACCAACCUCAAAACCCUAAACCUCUCCUCCUCCUUGGGGAACAGCGUCGCCAAAAAGUACGACGAGAUCGACGCCGCGCCGGAGGAACGAGCCCGCGGCAUCACCAUCAACACCGCCACCGUCGAGUACGAGACGGAGAAUCGCCACUACGCCCACGUGGACUGCCCCGGCCACGCCGACUACGUCAAGAACAUGAUCACCGGAGCCGCGCAGAUGGACGGAGCCAUCCUCGUCGUCUCCGGCGCCGACGGGCCCAUGCCGCAGACCAAAGAGCACAUCCUUCUCGCCAAGCAGGUCGGCGUCCCCGACAUGGUCGUCUUCCUCAACAAAGAGGAUCAGGUCGACGACGCCGAGCUGCUUGAGCUCGUCGAGCUCGAGGUGCGUGAGCUUUUGUCUUCCUACGAGUUUAACGGUGACGAUAUCCCGAUUAUCUCCGGCUCCGCGUUGUUAGCUGUGGAGACGCUUACUGAGAAUCCUAAUGUCAAGCGUGGUGAUAACAAAUGGGUGGAUAAGAUUUACGAGCUGAUGGAUGCUGUUGAUAGUUAUAUACCGAUCCCUCAGAGACAGACUGAGUUGCCUUUCUUGUUAGCUGUUGAAGAUGUGUUCUCCAUCACGGGGCGUGGGACUGUGGCUACAGGGAGGGUGGAGAGAGGGACUGUGAAGGUUGGGGAGACUGUUGAUUUAGUGGGGUUGAGGGAGACUAGGAACUAUACUGUUACUGGUGUUGAGAUGUUUCAGAAGAUUCUCGAUGAGGCUUUGGCUGGGGAUAACGUUGGGUUGUUGCUUAGGGGUAUUCAGAAGGCUGAUAUUCAGAGGGGGAUGGUGUUGGCUAAGCCCGGGAGUAUUACUCCGCAUACGAAGUUUGAGGCGAUUGUCUAUGUGUUGAAGAAGGAAGAAGGUGGGAGGCAUUCGCCGUUUUUCGCGGGGUACAGGCCUCAGUUUUACAUGAGGACGACGGAUGUGACGGGGAAAGUGACGAAGAUUAUGAAUGAUAAAGAUGAGGAGUCGAAGAUGGUUAUGCCUGGGGAUAGGGUGAAGAUUGUUGUGGAGCUUAUUGUGCCUGUGGCUUGUGAGCAAGGGAUGAGGUUUGCUAUUAGAGAAGGUGGGAAGACCGUUGGUGCUGGAGUUAUUCAGUCUAUCAUCGAAUGAGGAAUUAGAGUUUUAUCUGUCUACUUUGCUUUCUUUGUGUUUCCCCUCUUUGAUUCACAAAACUCUUUUACUUUGUGUCAUCUUCUAUAAGAAGCUGAAAUCAAAAUGUCAUAUAUUUCUUGACCCCUUAUAUAUUUAUUGCAUUCUGAUUUGUC